AAAUUCAUGUCGUUUACGGAACAAAGAGAUUGAAUGUCCUGAUAUACACUGAAGCAACCCUCUUGUUACCUAAUGUAUCCGAUAAUAUUUUAAGAAAUGUUUGUAAAUAAUCAUUCGUAACACACAUAUGCACAAUGAAUAAUCGCAGUGAAGUGAUAGUGUGUGUCAGUCAUGUUUGUUUCAACAUUUGAUUAAAUUAUGAAAUAAUUGAUAGCUCUAGAAAUAUCAUAAUAAAAAUAUGUUUAGUCCUAUACAGAUAAAACAUGAAUGUAUGGGAGUAGAAGAUGUUAACUGUGGUAAUAGGAUUAAUACUUUGGAUACUUCCAAGUAUCCAAUAUUCAUUAAUGAUGAUGUUGAUUAUAAAUACAAUCAGUUACCACAAUUUUGGAGUCAUACACAAUUGUCAAAUGAGAUACAGCCAAAGAAUGAAGUUCACAAUCAACAGUGUUUAUUCCAAAUGGAAGAAAGUGGUUCUUUAGCAUACAUGAAAGGUGUACAAAAUGGUAUGUUAUUCCAAGUUAAUCAAGAAGGCAGCACAGACCAGAAUCAAAUGAGCCAACAAUAUCACAUAAGUGCUCCCCAAAAAAUUGAACAGUUGCAACUUCCUCAAGACACACAGCAAUCAAAAUUUGUAAAUCAAAUGCUGACCACUUCAUCAUCAGUGUCUUCAAUAAAACCUAACCGUCCUGGAAGACCACCCAAGAGUUCUUCCGAAUCAAGUGUAGGAAAAAAAUUUAAAUGUCAAUGCGAAAUAUGCUUCAAAGAGUUUGGGCAUAAAAGUAAUUUAUUUAUACAUAUGAGGACUCAUAAUGGAGAACGGCCUUAUAAAUGUAAUCAAUGCGAAAAGUGUUUUACUCAUAGUGGGAAUUUAGCUAUUCAUAUGAGAACACAUUCUGGUGAACGACCUUAUGGUUGCCAAAUAUGUGGAAAAAUGUUUAGUCACAGUGGCAAUUUGUCAACACACUUAAGAACUCACUCAGGUGUAAAACCUUAUAAAUGUAAUAUAUGUGGUAAGGAAUUCAGACAUAGUGGAAAUUUAUCGAUACAUGAAAGGAUACAUUCCGGGAUUAAGCCAUUUCAAUGUAAAGUUUGUGGGAAGGAUUUUUAUCAUAGUGGAAAUUUAACAACUCACAUGAAGAAACAUACUGUAAAUAGUAAUGUAGGUGUUAAUCAAUGUGAAAGUAACGUCUGUGCAGCAGUGAAUAAUAACAAUACACCACCAUUAAACUUAUUUAAUAAUUUACCAUUAAGUUCAACUACUGAUGUAUAUGUGAUACCUAAUGCUAACAAUAUUGUUCCUAUAAAAAAUGAAAGUAAUGAUGAAGGUUUAACGAGUGCAAUUAGGGUAUUGACAUCAACUUAAAUAUGUUUACAUAAUUAAAUAUCUCAAUACUGAUUUUGCUUAUGAAAUUUACUUUAUGAAUAUAAUUACUGUAAAAAAAAUGUCAUUAUAGAAGCUUGAAUAUCUUACAGUCACUUAAAGAGUUAUAAAUGUGUAAACACAUAUUUUUGAAAUUAUAUAUGUUUUACAUUGGACAAAAAUAUAAACUUUGCACAUAACAUCUAUGUGAAAGUCUGAAGUAUGUGCAAUUUCAUAUAAAUUAAGCAAUUGUAAAUUUGUUGUUAUACCACAAGGCGAAAUAAUUGUAAAGUAGAAAUAAUUUUUUAUUUAAAUUUCUUGCUCCACUUACGAUUUGUAAUGCUCAUUUUAUUAAAGUGUUUUACUAAUA